AUGGCCAAUUUGACCUCCAUGAGUGGAUUCCUCCUUAUGGGGUUUUCUGAAAACCGAAAGCUUCAGAUUUUAUAUGCAUUGCUGUUUUUGGUGACAUACCUGAUGGCCUUGACAGGAAACCUCCUCAUCAUCACCGUGACCACGUUGGACCAUUGCCUUCAGUCCCCCAUGUAUUACUUUUUGAAGCACCUCUCUGUCCUGGACCUCUGUUUCAUCUCUGUCACAGUGCCUCAGUCCAUUGCAAAUUCACUUACGAACAGCGGUUACAUUUCACUUGGUCAGUGCAUCCUUCAGGUUUUCUUCUUCAUAGCUCUGGCCUCAUCAGAAGUGGCCAUCCUCACCGUGAUGUCUUACGACCGGUAUGUCGCCAUCUGUCGGCCCCUGCAGUAUGAGACCAUCAUGGACCCCUGCACUUGUAGGCACGCCGUGGCAGCUGUGUGGCUUGCUGGGGGCUUCUCUGGGCUCAUGCAUACUGCUGUGAACUUCUCCAUACCUCUCUGUGGGGAGAGAGUCAUUUACCAGUUCUUCUGUGACAUUCCUCAGAUGCUGAAACUAGCUUGUUCUCAUGAAUUCGUCAAUGAGAUUGCAGUGGCUGCCUUCACAACUUCAGCAGCAUUCAUCUGCCUGGUGUCCAUUGUGCUCUCCUACGUCCACAUCUUCUCUGCCGUGCUGAGGAUCCCAUCAGCAGAGGGCCGGACCAAGGUCUUCGCCACCUGCCUACCACACCUGUUUGUAGUCACCUUCUUCCUCUCCACAGCAGGUUUUGAGUUUCUGCGGCCCCCUUCUGACUCCCAAUCAGCUAUGGACCUCAUGUUUUCCAUAUUCUACACGGUGAUACCACCCACACUCAAUCCGGUUAUCUACAGUUUACGCAAUGAAGCCAUGAAGGCCGCUCUGAGGAAGGUGCUGUCAAAAGGAGAAGUUUCCCCGAGAAAGAUGUAUUUAAAAGCCAUUUUUAAAUUCUAAAGAACCAUACAAAUAAAAGUUAUUGUCAUUAGGUUUCAGAUUGU